CAUCGUCGAGAAUGAAUGCAACGACGGUAUACACAAUAUGGCCUGAACACACGAAGAAGCAACGGUCACGCCAGCAGCAAAGCCGGGGAACCCAUUCAUCGACCGACAGAUGCUGUUCAGGCCUCUCGCUAUGACUUUUCUACAUUUGCCUCGCUAGCUACGUUCGCUACACGUUCGCCAAUCGAUGCUUCCGCUUCCAUCGCCGAAUGUGCAAUCAUCCACAAGACUCAGAAUGCAUUCUACCUCGAACUGAGCUCGGCCGGCUUCGUUGGGCCUCGACCUCUCCUCUGCGCUCCAUUAUGACUGGUUUCACGGCGUCUACGACAAAUUGGUAUCGUGCAUCGAUACGACUAGCAAUGUCAGAUGUAGUGGCUCUUCGAUCGGCAAUAUCUGCGCUGGCGUCAAGUUGC